AUGUCAUCUGAUCGAUAUAGCGUUGCAGUCUUUCUGCUGGCGUCCAUAUCUUGGGCAUCAAGCAGCAACUUCAACAUCACAACUGAUGAGUUCACUUUCAGUUGUGCCCCGCUGACAAUACAAAGGUCUGAUCCUAUUAUUUCUCCAGGGGUGGCCUCUUCCCAUACACAUGUGGUUGUUGGGGGCACAGCAUUCCAAAGGACCAUGUACGAUGACACAGCCAAAAAUGCCAGUGACACAACGUGCGGCCCUGAAAUCGACAAGAGCAAUUACUGGAUCCCUCAGUUAUAUCAUCAAAUGAAAAAUGGGUCGUUUGAGCUUGUGGAGUUCCAAAAUAGUGCCAUUUACUACUUCAAUAGAGCAUGUGACUAUACCGAAAAUGCUACUGCCUGCGAUCAGGGUCAGUUACCACUCGCUCCUCCGGCUGGGCUGCGUAUGGUAGCUGGUGAUCUUUUCCUUCGUGCUUAUAAUGACUCCAACUUUGCGCAACGCGCUGUGUCCCACAUGUGUAUUAUGCCAGAUGGAAUUUCGCACGAAACAAAGCAUCUUCCCCGGCAGCCCUGUUCUCUGCUGAGGUCCCAAGUGUUUUUUCCUUCUUGCUGGGACGGGAAUAAUCUUGACAGCCCUGACCAUAAAAGCCACAUGGCUUAUCCUGGCUUUGGGGAUUAUAACAAGGGUAUAUGUCCAGAGUCUCACCCGGUAGCAAUUAUCUCGAUUUUCUAUGAGUUCUUCUUCAACACAAAGCCUUUCCCAGAUUACGAGAAUUGGGUAUAUGCGAUGGGCGACCGGACCGGGUAUGGACUUCAUGGGGACUUCAUCAAUGGGUGGACAGACCAGAGUUCCCUGCAGUAUGCUUUAGAAACAUGUACUGGUUCGAAGGGUCUGCAUGAUCCGGGGUGUUCGAUUAUGAAAGGCCAGCGCAGGUCUCUGACUCCUUUACACCAGCCUCUGAAAAUAUCUGUUCCGGAAGAGGAGUUGGGGCAGCAUGGGCCUGUUCCAAAAUUACCAGGCUGUAAUCCUGUAACGGGUUUCUCGUGGGAAUAA